UUCCGGUUUGACGGAGUUCACAGUCGGAAGAGUUUGGGUGUCUUUAAAGAGCAAACUGCUUCAUGAGACUAAUAUAAACUGAUUCGUCGUUAUUGAACCAAAUGGCGUCAAAGCCGGAUCCCUUUGAAUUUCGAGAAUUUGAAGAAGCUGAAAGCUUGUUGGAAAGUGACAGAGAUGCAGUCACCAUCAGCAUGGAUGAGGACGUUCUGAAGCCUCAGAGGCAAAAAGCAGCAGGAGGUUUCGGAGGAGAUGAUGAAGAUCCACCGAGUGGAGAUGACAAGGAAGAGCUUCUCUCUGGGAAAACCAAAACUGCUCCUUUUUGGACGUUUGAAUACUACCAAAAGUUCUUUGACAUCGAGACUCACAAUGUGAAGGAGCGGAUUAUCGGAUCGAUGCUGCCGUGGCCAGGAAAGAACUUCAUUCAUGUCUACCUUCGCAGAAAUCCUGAUCUUUAUGGACCGUUCUGGAUUUGUACUACUCUCGUGUUUGCUAUUGCCAUAAGUGGAAACUUCUCCAAAUUUAUAGUGAAUUUAGGCAAACCGGAGUUCAAGUACACUCCAGAGUUUCAAAAAGUGACGAUCGCUGCCACCGCGGUCUUCUCCUACGCUUGGUUGGUGCCUCUCGCACUUUGGGGUUUGCUUCUGUGGCGAAACAACAAGGUCAUGAGUUUGGUGACUUAUUCUUUCAUAGAGAUCGUCUGCGUCUAUGGAUAUUCGCUUUCAGUUUACAUUCCCGUAGUGGUCCUGUGGGGCAUUCCCCAAGAGUGGUUGCGGUGGUGCUCUGUCGUGGUGGCGCUCUGCCUCUCGGGUUCCAUUCUGAUGAUCACUUUCUGGCCCGCGGUCCGAGACGACCAUCCCAAAGUCAUGAUCGCCAUCUUGUUAGGUAUCGAACUCCUCAACGUCCUGCUGGCCGUCGGCUGCAUGACCUACUUCUUUAGCAAACCAGAAGCCAUGCCACCAGCUCACAGCUUGCCUGUGACUAAAGCAGUGAAUGCUUCAGCCCCAGCGGGAGCAACUCGCACGGUCUGAAGGUUCUCUUGUUGCCUUAUUAGAGGGAAUCGUAUUUCCGUGCAGGUGAAGUCAUGGGCCGUCUGGAUUUCACCCACACUGGGAGAUUCUGGCUUCACACAUUAAACCUUGCGUGUAUUGGUGGUUCGGCUGCGUGACCUCUGAAAAGGAACACUCGCACCGAGUAUGUUAUUUCUAAUGGGAUGGGUCCUGAGCUUCCUUAAAGAUAAAUGGUGUCUGGUGUUACAAAGUGCACAUGAUCCCUCGCUCAGUAUGGCAGUUUAAACUUUAUAGCUCUGAUGCUAAAAUAUUUAGAUAACCAGUUUGUGCAUUAAUGGGAGCGGCAUCCAUGGCAUUUUGUUUUAUGCAUUUUUUAUAUCUGAAUAAUUCGAACUGCCUCGUUUAGAGAUUAAAUUUAUAAUGCACAUGUUUAGUGGCCUCAAGUAAUGCCAAAGGCCUCUCCUAAAUUUUCAAACGAUUAUGUAAAUAUUUUUGUAAUCUUUUUUUUUUAUGACAAAAGUGCAUUUGUUAAAAUGUACAGAGAUUAUUAUUCCUUUCUUGGUGAGAGUGUUUCUGUCAUCUUUAUUGUUGUAUUUGUUCAUUAAAUAAUUCAUUGCUGAAUUUGAUUGUUGAGCUGAAGUUACAGUUCAUCCACUUCCAGGAACGAAUCGAGCUUGGUUAAUCAAUUGUUUUCUCGUUGUGAACAAAUAAAUAGAUGGUUCAACGUUUUUGGAUGUACGCUGUUUUUUCUGGAUGUUCAUGUCAUUUAUAUUAUCAAUAAUAGAAACAUAACAGCUUCUAGAUAACUGAGACCAUUAAAAUAUUUAUAAACUGUG